UACCAAAAGAAAACUCAGAGCAGAAAUGUCUCUAACCUCAAGAAAUCAACCUAGCUUGGUCUAAUUGUCAAGAUUUUGAGUACUGGGCAAACAAAGAACUUCAGCUUUAUUUAUUAAGCAGGUUAUGCCUCAUACAUGAUCAUGGGAUACUUGAAAAUCUCAUAAAACAGCAGAAACUAAAUCAAUCAAGAAAGAAUAGUUUCCUUGUUAAGAAAGCCUAAAAGCCAGCCUCUAGCAAUUAGCGAAAAGCAAAGAGAAGCUAACGCGAAAGAGGAAUCGAAAUGGCUAAUAGGACACGCAUUGGGGGAUCUGCUACUAUCCAGUAUGAGGAUUUUCAGCCCAAGUAUGAAUGGAAGGAAGAAGAGGGGGCAAGUGUUCUGCUUAUUCAUCUUCCUGACUUUCUUAAGGAUCAGUUGAAAAUCACUUACGUGUGUUCGUCCCGCAUCGUCCGAGUUACUGGACAAAAACCAAUUGCUUACAAACGAUUCGAUCAAACUUUUCCUGCUCCAGAAAAUUGUGAGGUGAAUAAAAUUCAAGGCAUGUUCCAGAAUGGAAUUCUUUUCAUUACAAUUCCUAAAGCAACCAACAGACAACCUCACUCUGAAGAAGAAAAGGUGACCAAAGAGGCUUCUCUGCCUUCAAAAGACGCCUUAGCAGAGAAUCCUAUGACUUCUCAAGUCUCUCAAAAACCUGCAAUGGAGGAAAAGGCUCAGAAGGUUGUGGAGAACACUGCAAGCUUUGCUAGCCCUCAAGAAGCCUUGAAAGAUCAAAAGUCUCAAAAGGGGAAAGCAGAAGCCCCACCAAAAGUUGCUUCAACAACUGAUACCAUGAAGCAGAAAGAUGAAAGCAGAAAGAUGCCAGCAGAACCAGUUAAGGAGAAGACUUUGUUUGAACAAGAGGAAAGCAUAAAAAAAACAACAGAAUCUCUGACAACUGAAAGUGAUGAAGGCUGCAAGAAAAGGAAAGAAUCACUGUUGACUAGUGAAAAUGCUCCCCUUAAAACCUUGGAGAAAGACAAAGAAAAGAGUGCUAAAUUUGCUGCUGCUGGUACCGAGGAGAAGUCGAAGCAGGAUUUCAAUAUUGCAGGCAAAGUCAAGGACGUGAAGAAUGUAGCAGCAACUUCUGCAAAGAAGACCAUGAAAGGACUUGGCACCAUGGAGAUAAGUGAAGAAAGGCAAUCAAUGGUGUAUAUGGGUGUGGCAGUCCUAGCGGUUGUAGCACUUGGAGCUUUCAUAGCUUACAGCUAUCGAUCACCUGGAACUUCCAAAGACUAAUUAAUUCUUACAAUUUCAUGCACUAAGUUGUAUACGUAUUUGUAUUUUACUACUAUAAUAAUAAUCUGACCUCAAAUAAUUAUAUAAA